AUGAUCACCUUUGCCGCUGUAUUUCUGUUAAAGAUCGCAGCCAGAAGCUGCUCGAGCUGUAUACCUAGUAAGCCGGGCAAGCAGAAUUCUAUUGCGUCAGCGGGCCUAUCCAUUGAUAUCGCAUACGUGCGGGCCUUGGUUGGACGUGUUAUUGAGAUGAUGGUGUCCUGCAGUAGACGAGCUAGCGAGCGUCACCUCAGUCACCACAUCGCCCGUGGACUGAGAAAAAUGCUUACGGGGCUUGAAGAGUGGGAGAGAAGGAAUUCUUACAACGGACAGCCUACAGGACAGAGCUUUCGUGACCCUUCUCAGAAUUCUAUGUUCAAACCUAUAAUCAUCCCUGGAGCCCAACCACUGGGCGAGCGGGAUACUAUACUGAACCAUCCGCCCCCGCUACUAGGAAUAGCUCCCUUGUCUGCUGAGAGGGGCAGUGGAUUGGAGUCUGCUGCGGCACAAUCGAAGCAACAACCAGGUCUCUCGGAGGGUUCUGUGGAUCCUAUGAUGGCUGAUUUGUGGGGCUUCGACGAGGAGUAUUUCCCUACAGGGGUCUUUGACUUUCUUCAGUCCCAAAUGCCUGCCUGA